AUGGGAGAACGCAAAAAUCUAAACAAGUACUACUCGCCAGACUUUGAUCCGAGCAAGAUACCUCGACUCCAGAAACCAAAGAACCAGCAGAAAAAGAUUAGGUUUAUGCUACCAGUUCGUGUUCGAUGUAAUACAUGUGGUAAUUACAUGUCACAAGGCACCAAAUUCAAUUGCCGUGAGGAAGACGUCAUCAACGAGACGCACGUAGGCAUUAAAAUAUUUAGGUUUUACAUAAAGUGCACAAGAUGUUUGGCAGAGGUGACAAUUAAGACCGAUCCAAAGAACCAUGGUUAUACUGUAGAAUCAGGUGCAACUUGUCUUUAUAAUGGACACGAUAAGGUUAAAGAGGAGAAGGAAACUGAAGAAAACGCAUUGGAGUCUUUAGAGAGGAGAAGUGUGGUAUCUAAAAGAGAGAUGGAAGUUAUGGCUGCGCUUGAUGAGGUUAAGUCUAUGAAGUCUAGACGAGCCUCGGUGAGCGUAGACUCAAUGCUUGAGGCUUUGAGUAGAAGAAGAAAACAAGAAGAAGAGAACGUGGAGGAAGAGUUGCUCAUCAAGUCUAUAAAUUUUGGUAAGCGGAUCACUAGGGUUGAUGAUGAAGAUGAAGACAAAAACUAUGAGGUGUUUGAUGAGAAGAAGAAGAAGAAGAGUUUUAAGAGACGUGAUUUUGGUAAAUCUCGAACAAGACAAAUCUCUUCUGUUUGCAUAAUCCCCAAGAAGAAUGUAAAGGGACUUGAAUCUCUAAGUCACUCGUAUGGCAUCGACAGUGAUGAGGACAAUGUCAUCUCACUUUUCCCUAUGGUCGCUCCUCUUAUAUCAGUUAUCAUGGUAACUGUGAGACCCAUCGUCGACGGUGUUCCUAUCCCUGUCGUUGUCAUCAACACCCUAGGUCCUGACAAUGUCACUGUGGGUCCUGUUAAGCUAAGUUUGAAAAGGUUAAAGAUAGCUUGA